ACAUCACUUACUAGAAGUCAGGCAGGAUAAUCUUCUGUAUUUCUAGUGCAGAAGGGCAUUAGAAAUACAGAAUGAAUAUUAUUUUGAUGCUAGCCUAUUGAAAGCAGGGCUUUUGCUGUGAGCGUGAAUCUUCUUCAUGUUUUUUUUGUGUGUAGUCCAUGUCCAUGACCCAAAUAGAAGAAGAAACCAAUAUAUUUCUCUAGAACACUUCCAAUUGUCACUUUACCUUCUACAAAAUGAAUGGGAAACGUUCUACACGAAGAAGCGCUGACCAACAAACACAAGUUUCUCAAGACAAUUCCAAUGUUUGUGAUGGUAGUUCCAGUGGUUCCAUGGGGUCAAGUGGAAUUCAGACAAGGAGCUGGUAUUUGCGCAGCUCUGUGGGAAAUUGCCCCAGAAACGCCACUGCUUCCUCAAGCCAAACAACUUCCAGUGAUGAGGGACAAGAAAAUGGGGAGGAUCCAUCAGGUAGAGGGACAGCGAUAUUUACAAGAGAAGUAAUUGAGAGGGAGACCAGCUCUAGCACCUUGUCUUCUGGCUGCUCUACGGCAUCUCAGCGGAGUGUUCUAAAAACUAUAUGCAGCUUACCUGGCCUUGUGAUAAUGUCUGCUUUCUGCCUUCCCGUAUAUCUCUUACAAUCUUGCAUCUGCAUAAAAGACCAGUUCACUAUGGCCAACUGUGUGAAGGCUUUAAAGUUCUUGAUAGUAGCAGUCCCUAUCAUAUGUGGUGCCAUUUAUUGCUUUUGCCAAUAUGUGAAAUUAUCAGAUGGUCUGUCAUCAACGGAGCUCACACAGCUGUAUGAAACUGAGUUGAAAUCAUUAUGGAAGUCACAAAAUUUGCUUCAAGAACAGAUCCAUGAAAUCCAAAGCCUUAAAAAAGAGACAGAUCACCUGCGUGCUGAGAUCAGUGGCAUCAACAAAGGCAUCCUGCAUUCAGUAAAGCAAAUUCUUGAGGAGAAUGAUAUUCCUGGAGAAAACAAAGAUCAAGUGCUUGCAAUGAUCAACCUGGCUUUUAAGAAGAUUUAUGAGGACCAUGUACAGAUGGCUGACUGGGCCAAAAAAACAAUAGGAGCCACCAUUGAUAAAGACAGGACAUCGAAGAGUUAUGAACCAGAGGCAGUACAGAACUGCUGGUUUAAAUCAUUAUUCAUGAUUGCAGCAAAGCCCCCUAGUACUGUUCUUGAGCCAGAUGUUAACCCAGGAAACUGCUGGGCUUUCCAAGGAACAGAAGGCCAGAUAGUAAUUAAACUGCCUGAAAAAAUCCAGCCAACAGCCGUGACAGUUCAGCACAUCACCAAAGCAAUUUCCCCUUCAAACGGAGUCACUAGUGCCAUGAAGGACUUCCUGGUUUAUGGGAUAGAUGAUGAAACAGAUGAAGAAACACUACUGGGAACAUUCAUGUAUGACAUAGAGAAGGAACCUAUUCAGACAUUCCAGCUUAAGAAUGAAGAAGCCAAACAGUUUCUGUGCAUAAAAUUCAAGGUGCAGAACAACUGGGGCAAUGUGGAGUUCACUUGCAUUUAUCGACUGAGAGUGCAUGGGAAGAAGGCCACUAACUUGGAUGCUUUCAAUGAAGGCAAGGGGUGAAAAAUUUGCAAGAUAAAUAAAGGAAAGAACGAAUAUGAACACUCAUCCUGAUGA